AGAGGGAGAGUGGGAUCCUCUCUCAUAUCCGUUUCAGUCAUUUUACAGGGCAGAGAAAACCCUAUAAACCAGUGGGAGUGUAACCAACAGGGUUAACUGCUCCCCCUCCAUCCACCACACCCCGGGUCUGUUGUCAACUCGCUUCCCGUUAAGUCAACCUAUGUACCAGCCCAAGGUCACUUCACUGCUCCCCCUCCAUUCGGACAUGAACAACAAGUCGCAAAGCAGUCCUUAGAUGAACCGCAUACAUCACACCCCGAAAAAUACCCCCCCAGCCGCCAUGACACUGCACCCCCACACAAGUUAAUUAGUUCCCAGAAUUGCCCGCCUAUUCUCAGAAGCUUCAUAAAUUAUGCCUAAGUUCCCCGUCCUGAACCCUAAAACUACCCUGGAAUCCCCAACCUCAGGGAGCUCCAUUUGAGAGUCUCCGAGCUCCUAGCUUCACCGGCUUGUAAUAAGUCUCCUUUCUCUUCCUCAAAGGCCUGGUGUCUCUGAACUGACUCGGGGUGGCGGGGGUGGAACCCGGAGGGACCCACCCUCACCGGGUAACAGGAGGGACGCUGGCCGUUCUUCGACUCUCCGGAGCUUGCUCACAAAAUCCGCCAGGGGGCGCGCUGGAGCUUCGCAAAGCGGGAAGCCUGGAAAACCCGGAAUGUUGCAUCCCUCGUGUCUGCAGCCCAGCAACUCUCGAUUUUACUUGCACGCGCGCUUCGUCUGCAAAAGACGCCUACAGAAACAUCUAGAAGCAGGCGAGAGUGAACCGGUAAGCGUGCCGGGUUAGUGCAGACACGCAGGCUGAGAGCGGGGCCACGUGGGUUCCAGGGACCUGGAAGCAGAUGUCUGCAAACGCCCGCGUCUUGCCGGUUGGUGGGAAAGGGGACGCCUUGGGCGUCAACGUGCCUUGCCUGCUUUCUUCACGGAAACCCAGAGAAACAAGGACUGGCUACUGCAAUGAUGACAAGAAUGUCUCAGAAUUCCGUGACCUUCAGGGAUGUGGCUGUGAACUUUACCAAGGAGGAGUGGGACCUGCUGGAUCCUUGUCAGAGGAAACUCUUCCAAGAUGUGAUGCUGGAGAACUACAGGAACCUGGUCUCCACAGUUCUGGAGGCCAGAAGACCAAAACUAAGACUGCUCCCACCGAAGGCGCUACAGCGAGCAUCCUCCCUUGCGUUUUCCAACAUCUGGUGACUUCAGGCAUUCCUUCAGUUGCAGCUGCAUCACUCCAUUCUCUGCCUCCGUCUUCACGUGGUCUUCCCCUCUGUGUUUCUCUUCUGUGUCUGUGUGUCUCAAAUGUCUCUCUUUUUUUCUCAUAUAAGGAUACUUGUCAUUGGAAUUAGGGCCCACUUUGUAUAAUCCAGGAUGAUCUCAUCUCGAGAUCCUUAAAAUUACAUCUGCAAAGACCCUGUUUUCAAAUAAAGUUACAUUCACAGAUACCAGGGGUUAGGACUUAAACAUAUCUUUUUUUUUUUUAAUUAUAAAAUACAUAUAACAAAACACUUAACUACUUUAACCAUUUUUAAGUGUACAAUUCAGUGACAUUAACUCCACUCACCAUAUCGUGUAACCAUCACCACGAUCCAUUUUUCAUCCACCUAAACAGUAACUCAGUACCAAAACCAAAAACCAAACCAGA